GGAUGGAGGGAUUACGUGGUAUAAAAACUACAUGUCAAAGAAAGCUUAACAGAAAAUAACUCAAGAUUUUGUGCUUCAAAAUUGACUGACCAUUCCUUGUGGAUAAGUUGAGGAUAGAAGUAUGGUUCACAGAAAUCUGCUGUAUGGCUUGGCUGGUGUACUCGUGCUGAUGGCGCUCUUGUUAAUGCUGCCAAAAAAGUUUGAAAUGCUCAAGACAAAUGGUGAACCAAACCAUUUACAUAACCAGCAUCAGACAAAGGUCUCAAAGGAUCGUCUGCGUGUGGCACCAUCUAUUGACAACUCCCUGUCUCCUCCUUGUGGAGAAGUCUGUGAUUUUUCCAUCCACAAAAGCAAAGGAAUGUCUUUUGUCAAGAAGAAUUUUAAUUGUCAUAACAUAUUUCUGAGACUUAAGUACCCUCCUGGAAAAGUGUAUAAACCACCUCUACGAGAGCCACCUAAAGAGCUUUUGGAUGCGUUCACACAAAAUGGAGACAUGGCACUGGGAUCUUUUUACAUGGAUGGCACAACGGCUUCUAAGGGCUCCGUGUUUAAGAUAGAGGACAUGAACAAAUUAAUCAAGGACGAUAAAGAGCUAAAAAUGAUUGGAAGUUACGGAAGAGAGAGUGCAAAGUUUAAGAAUGGUCUCAGCAAAUACAAAUCUGAACUGACGGGCAAGUCUGGGAUAGUGAUUGGGAGUAUUCGUCCUUGGAUAGAAGUAAUGCUUAUAAACAUAGGUGUCAAGCAUGUGACAACAGUAGAUUAUAAUUCUGUCAUAUUUGAGCAUCCUCAGAUAUCGUUUAAACUGAUGCCAGACUUGGCAGAUGAAAGUAUAAAAAAUCAGCCACCGCAGUUUGAUUUUGCUGCAUCAUUUUCUUCUUUAGAACACUCAGGACUUGGUCGCUAUGGCGACCCUAUUAAUCCGUAUGGUGAUUUUGAAGCUGCAGCGCAAAUAUGGUGCAUGCUUAAGCCUGGUGGGUUAUUUUUUCUUGGUGUUCCUGCUUCAUUUGGAAAGAGAAAAGGGACGCUGGAUUAUAAUGCACAUCGUAUCUACGGUGAAGCUCGUAUCGAGCAACUCACGGCAAACUUUGAGGAAAUUUAUAGGUUUCAUACUGGUAUUCACGGUGUAUUUGUGUUGAGAAAGCGAGUGUGAUCAGAUCGCCCUGAGGUUCAGAGCCUGUAUUGGAACCUCUCUGAAUAUCAGUACUUUAAAACUGCAUUAGAUCAAUGAAUCUGUGAGUGGGGGUUAUUGAUAAUAUAUGGAAAUCAUUGGCAAGGAGGAAGAUGUACUCUUCAUGCACAUUAAAUACAAUAAAGUUAUCUGGUUUGCAGAACUGAAAGUGGUGUGAUACACCAAAAAGUAAUUAAAAAGCAAAAAAUGUAAAAUAUGGAUUUGAUAGCAUGGCGUCAAACCAGAAGUGAUGAGGUGAACUGUCUCCUGUUUAAGUGGCUCUUGCUCCCCCUCAGGGACAACAUUUAUCAUUAUGCCUAACAUGAAACAACCAGAUAUGACUCCCAUAAUUUUAAACGCCCUCACUUCAUCUCAUAAGUUUUGAUAGCAUGUCGUCCAAAUUUGCAUAAGAAUUUUGACAUGUUACAAUUCUCUCACCAAGACUUGCAUCAUAAAAUAUUUAAUGCAAAUGGUGAUCUAAGUUAAGUAUAAUGUUAUCUGGCAUUUUUCACCUCAGCUAUUUAGUUUGAAGAGUAUAUAUUUAUCUAGUA